AUGUUUUUUGAAAAUGAGUACUUCUGCCUGAGGUACAGUUUUAAUAAAAAUAAAUUACAAGUAAGUAUUUUUUUACUAUCCUUUAUGUCCAGAGAUAGUCAAAGAUGUGUCUUGAGACAUUCUCUCCCAGAUAGAACUUAA